AAAGUGAGUGACCUACAAACAAGCGUAACUAUCUUAACUUCAACCCGGCUGCAGAUUAACACCAUAGAAGCUACCGGAGGAGCCACGCUUGCUCCCACUGCCUCCUUCCCUAUGCUCCUCUCCCCUCCCAAACAUGAUACACGAAGGUGGGACAAUGUGGACGAGGACGAAGCCGAGGAGGAGGAGGGGUUGUCUGGACAUGAUGAUGAGGGGACUGAUGACAAACUGUCACAGAGAGAGGGAAGCGUCAGGCCGAGAGACACCCCGAGGUGGAGGUAGAGCCGGAGUGCCAUGGUCACUCUCUGGAGGUGCGAUUAGCUGGGAUCAGCAGCUCUGGCAGGCAGACGGGUGAGAGGAGGACACACCGCGCUGAGGGCGAUUUCCACUCUGUGCACUGGAAAUGGUGACAAACAGAGAGGAUGAAGCUUGUGAUGCUGUCGCGCUGAGUUACACUGAGAUUAUUUAUCGUAUAUCCUCAUAAAUGAAUAGGACAUUUCAACCAUCAUAGAGAGCAAAGGGGCAAAGAAAGUAAGACAAGAUAUACAAGAUAGAGAAAAAUAUCCAAAGACUGACUGGAUGGAUAAUCCAGACGGCGGAGGAGGCACAGAGGGAGGUGGAGGAGAGAAUGAGGUCAGUGAUGAACACAAGCAGAGCAAAGACAAGCACAACAAGCAGGAGAAGGAGAGCAGCGAGAGGCAGCCGAGCAGGGAGGCCCAGAGGGAGAACCGCCGCAGUAAGUGGAGGAGCGGCUGGGCUCUGACGGAGCGCUUGGCCAUCAAUGUGUCAGGGAUGCGUUACGAGACCCAGCUCCGCACUCUCGCCCAGUUCCCCGACUCCCUGCUGGGUGACCCCCAGCGCCGACUUCGUUACUUCGACCCCAUGAGGAACGAACUCUUCCUGGACAGGAGCCGUGUCUGCUUCGACGCCAUCCUGUACUUCUACCAGUCGGGCGGCAGGCUGCGGAGGCCCGCCAACGUCCCGCUGGACAUGUUCCUGGAGGAACUGCGCUUCUACGAGCUCGGCGAGGAGACCAUCGACCGCUUCAAGGGGGACGAGGGCUUCCCCAAGGAGGAGGAGAGGCCCUUACCCACCAACGAGCUGCAGCGGCGCCUCUGGAUGCUGUUUGAGUACCCGGAGUCCUCCGGUGGAGCUCGCAUCAUCGCCAUCAUAAGCGUCAUGGUGAUUGUGAUCUCCAUCCUCAUCUUCUGCCUGGAGACUCUGCCUGAGUUCAGGAAUGAGAAGGAACAGAGGGAGCAAUUCACUACCAUACCUCACCCCACCAUAGUGAACGAAACCAUCUUGGUCCCACCUGUCUUCAAUCCCUUCCAGGACCCCUUCUUCAUCGUAGAGACGAUUUGCAUCUGCUGGUUCUCGUUUGAACUCUUUGUGCGCUUCAUCUGCGCUCCGAGCAAGAUGCACUUCUUCAAAGACGUCAUGAACACCAUAGACUUCUUCGCCAUCAUUCCCUAUUUCGUUACACUCGGCACAGAGAUGGCCCGGGACAAAGGCGCCCAGCCCUCCGUGUCUCUGGCCCUCAUCAGGGUCAUCAGGUUGGUGAGGGUCUUCAGGAUCUUCAAGCUCUCUCGCCACUCGAAGGGCCUCCAGAUCCUUGGCCAGACACUGAAGGCCAGCCUCAGGGAGCUUGCCCUGCUCAUCUUCUUCCUCUUCAUCGGCGUCAUAAUCUUUUCUAGUGCUGUCUACUUCGCUGAGGUGGACAGGCCUGACACGGCCUUCACCAGCAUCCCUGAGGCUUUCUGGUGGGCUGUGGUGUCCAUGACGACGGUUGGCUAUGGGGACAUGUUCCCAGAGACAGUAGGGGGAAAGCUUGUGGGCUCCAUGUGCGCCAUCGCCGGUGUGCUCACCAUCUCCUUGCCGGUGCCCGUCAUCGUGUCCAACUUCAGCUACUUCUACCACCGAGAGAUGGAGUGUGAGGACACGUCGCAGUACCAACACGUCUCCACAUUGGUAUGGGACGAAAAUGGCGAGGAGGGAGAUGAGGACGGAUUGGACGAGGGGCCUGAAGGCAUGGGAGAUUACGCACCCAUGUAUGGGCAGGACAGCAGGGGCAUCUGCCCUCCCCUCAACGGGACUCUUCUGGUAGGACUUUGUGCUGGACAGGGGACCGGCGAUCAGAGAGGAUUAAACUUCUACCUCAAAGAACCUCUGGUCACUCAGGUCUGACGGAGAGCAGACAGACAGAAAGUUGUCAGACUAACAGUCGAACAGUGCCUUGUCAAUAAAAGGACCCAAGAUGAAUGGGUACUGUUGAAAUGGAAGUCAGAGUGAAACAGAAGGAAAAGGACUUGGACUGAAACAAGCCCCCGUUUGUGCCUCUGAUGUAAUAUUGGUUUUCAUAUUUGAGACUUUUUGCAUGAUUAUAUUUGAUACACAGAUAUACAGUUAGCAUCUGUUUUUCUAAAAAUUAAUAAAAAACAAAUCUUUGAAAAUCC